AGAAGGGAGGUAACUUCGUACGUGUUAAUUCCAGCUUGAACAUUCACAAACGGCACUAUGCAAGAAAAACGAGAGUUCAAACGUCUUCCAAAGGAUGUCGUUCCUUCCAACUACAACAUUCGGCUGAAACCAGAUCUAGAUGCAUUUGUAUUUCAGGGGCAGGAAGCAAUAGAUGUUGAGGUAAAGAAGCCAACAGACACUGUGACAGUCAACUCACUCAACAUCAAAAUCAGCGAGGUGACAUAUCAUGCACAUGAAGGUGGUGACAGCUCCUUGGUGGCUGAAGUGUCAACUGACAAGGAGGCGGAGACGGCCACUUUCAAGUUCCCCUCGGCCCUACAGCCAGGUAAAGGUGUGCUGAAGGUGAGCUUCACCGGUGAACUCAACGACAAGAUGGCUGGUUUCUAUCGCAGCAGGUACACCAUGCCUGAUGGAGGAAAGAGAGUUGGGGCAGUCACACAUUUUGAGGCAACGGGAGCUCGCCAAGCUUUCCCUGGCUGGGACGAACCUGCGGUCAAGGCCACUUUUGACAUUACACUUGUUGUACCCAAGGAUAAAACAGCGCUCAGCAAUAUGCCUGUCAAGUCUGACACCCCGGAUAAGGAUCCAAACUGGCGCGUGGUGGAGUAUGACAGAACACCCAUCAUGUCCACAUACCUACUGGCAUUCAUUGUGGGGGACUACGACUACGUAGAGGGCAAAGACGUGGACGGUGUCGUCGUGAGAGUCUACACACCUGUGGGCAAGAAGGAGCAGGGCAAGUUUGCCCUUGAUGUUGCUGUGAAAACCCUGCCCUUCUACAAAGAAUACUUUGGCAUCCCGUACCGAUUACCUAAGGUGGAUCUUAUAGCUCUUGCAGACUUUCUCAUAGACGCAAUGGAAAAUUGGGGUCUCGUAACGUACAGAGAGACGGCACUGCUGGUGGAUCCCACAAACUCCUCUGCAAAUGUCAAGCAAUACGUGGCACUGGUUGUAGGACAUGAGCUGGCUCAUAUGUGGUUCGGGAACCUGGUCACAAUGGAAUGGUGGACCAACUUAUGGCUAAAGGAAGGUUUCACGUCCUGGAUCGAGUAUCUGUGUGUGGACGAGUGUUUCCCUGAGUAUGACAUCUGGACUCAGUUUGUCAACAUCGAUCUGGGCCGAGCCCUGGAGCUGGAUGCCCUUCACACCAGUCACCCUGUUGAGGUCCCGGUCGGCCAUCCAGCGGAGGUGGACGAGAUCUUUGAUGCCAUCUCCUACUGCAAGGGAGCUUCUGUCAUCAGGAUGCUGCACGACUACCUGGGGGACGAGGAUUUCCGUAAAGGAAUGAACAAGUACCUGACGAAGCACUCCUAUCAGAACACGGAGUCCGAGGAUCUGUGGGCUUCCUUGGGAGAAGCCAGCAGGAAGCCAGUGGCCAAGAUGAUGAACACUUGGACCAAACAGAUGGGCUUCCCUGUCAUCAAGGUGAAUGAGAGACAGGAUGGAGACAAGCGGGUUCUCACGGUCACACAGGAGAAGUUCUGUGCUGACGGUAACCUACCUACAGACGACAAGUCCAGCUGGUGGGUUCCCAUUAGCUUCUCCACUGCCAGCAGCCCCUCCACCCCAGUCAAGACCAUCAUGCUGGAGGGGAAGAGUUCAGAGGUCACACUGGACAAUGUCAAGGCUGGAGAAUGGGUCAAGGUCAACACCAACACAGUGGGUGUGUACAGAGUACAGUACCCUACAGAGAUGCUAGCAGCUCUGAUCCCGGCUGUCAAGGACAGAUCCCUUCCUCCCAGAGACAGACUCGGACUGCAGAGUGACCUCUUUGCACUGGCCCGAGCUGGCAUGGCAGCAUCCGAGGACGUACUGAAGGUGGUCGAGGCCUUCAUCAACGAGGACAACUACACAGUGUGGAACGACCUUGCCCUUAACCUUUCCAGCAUGGCCGUCCUACUCCAGUACACAGACUCUUAUGACCUUUACAAGACCUUCGCCCGUGACCUCUUCUCUCAGGUGGUCAAGACCGUGGGCUGGGACAAGAAGGAGGGUGAAAGUCAUCUAACAGCCAUGUUGCGAGAUCUCAUCCUGACCAAGAUGGGUCGCUAUGGUGACGAGCCGACAGUAGCAGAGGCCAGGAAGAGGUUUGAGAGUCACUGCAGUGGAGAUAAAGUCAUCCCUCCUGAUCUCAGGGCUCCGGUGUUCAUCACAGUUUUGUCUGAAGACAGGAGUGAGGACUUCAACAGGUUGAUGGAGCUCUAUGACAAGGCAGACAUGCAAGAGGAGAAGAUACGGAUAGCACGAGCUCUUGGGGCAGUCAAGAAAGAAGAACUUAUCAAUCGUGUCCAUGAAUUUGCUGCCAGUGACAAGGUCCGUGCACAAGACAAAGUGUCUGUGCUUGCUGGGACCACUGGCUCAGCCAAGGGGAGAGAACUCACUUGGAACUUUGUGAAAGAGAAUUGGAAAGACCUACGUGAAAAACAUCAUGGGCAUCUGUUAACAAGGCUUGUCAAGGCAUCAACACACAACUUUGCUACUGAGGAGAUGGCCAAGGAGGUUGAGGAAUUCUUCAAUGCCAACCCAACCCCAGCUGCAGAAAGGACAGUGCAGCAGUCGGUGGAGAAUAUCCGACUCAACACGCGGUGGAUGAAAGAAUCGGCAGACAAAGUUUGCCAGUUUCUAAAAAAUAGAAAUUAAGAUCUCGAGAAAUUGAUAGUUUUGCAAUUUGAGAGUUUCCUUGGACAAAACAAGGGUGUCAGGAAUUUAAAAACAUAUUUUGUGGAUAUUAUAUUUUUCUUGGCACUUUUUUGUGAAGCGAUUAUUUUCCUAAUACAUGUGUAUCUUUGUAUUUUUAUACUUACUUUGAGCGAUUAUGGUAUCUUCAAAUUUUCAAGUAUUUUGUAAUGUAUAAGUUGUAUCCAAACAUUAAUUUCACCUUGGAGAUAUGAUUUAAUUAUUUUGGUGACAAACAAUCCAGGAGGAUAUUGUCAUAUGGUGAAGUAUACAUUGAUUGAUAGAGUUAUCUUCCCUUGGCUGACCUCCGACAACUUUAUUAUUCUGGUGCUCUUACUUCAUUAUUAGAUGCAUGUGUCCCAUAGGAUAUGGUCACACCCCAAUAAGAGUUGCCAUGGCAAUGUGCAUGAAUUGUGAAAUCCAUUCAGGUGAAUUUGAAGACAAGGUCCACUGACACAGAAUUGAGAUGACGUUCCACUGACACAGAAUUGAGAUGACGUUCCACUGACGCAGAAUUGGGAUGACGUUCCACUGACACAACCUUGAGCACAUGUUUUUCUGACACAACCUUGAGCACAAGUUCCCCUUAUGCAUCCUUAAGGUCAAGUUCCCCUGAAUUGUUAUAACUUAUUCAAAGAUUGAAAUAUUGUGACAUUAUGUUUUGUUUUAUGAAAUACUUCUUUAUCUAAUGGUUACAAACAGUUAUACGGUUGAUUGUUUUCAUAAUGCUAUUUAUAUGACUAAUUACAAAUUUGACAACUGUUAAGUUUUCUUCCCCUUAUGUUGUUGUAUUUGUUGAUUUUACAUGUUUGUUAGUUUCCUUUUCAUUCAGUGUCUUGAGGAUAUGCAUUAGUUAGUAAUAUAAGGGCUGUGUUUCUGUAAGAGAGUUAUGUCCCUUUGCCCAACAAGGAUCCCCGUUCCUGAUUCAUCCUGAUUAUGAACUGUGCUUUGUCAGCAUCUAUUCUAUUUGUGGCUGAAAAAUCAUCAAAAGCUCCAACAAUCUAGUAUUUGCAUGACAGAUUUAAUGUCAUUACAAACAUAUCUAUCAGUAUUAGGUCAUACUGUCACAGUAACUCCUAUAUCCCAUGGGCAAGAUGAAAUACUACUGAAAGAACUUUCUCUCUUCAGAGAGUACUCCACGAUCCAGAGAUCGAUAUUGUGAGCAACUAUGCGCACUUUUGAGGACACUGGCACUCAAUCAACCAUAUCAUUGAGCCCCACCACCCAAUCUGUUAAGUGAGUGGGGGGCGGUGGGGUAGUCUAGUGUUUAAAGAGUUGGCUCGUCACGCCGAAGACCCGGGUUCGAAUCCCCACAUGGGUACAAUGUGUGAAGCCCAUUUCUGGUGUCCC